AUGAGUAUAGGAGUUCUUGAUUUGGACAAAACAGAUUGUUAUAAGGACGUGCAAGUUGGGUGGUAUGGAGGAAGUAUUGGGUUUCAUAGUGAUGACGGUGCGAUAUACUCGGGAUCUGGAAAUGCAGAAUUUAACACAAAAAUUCAGUACGGAGAAAAAGUAAAUGUAAGUAACACAGUUGGAGUUGGGUUAAAAAUUAAUCCUAAAAAUAAGAAGACAGAUGAAGUGUUUUUCACAUGUAAUGGAAAAUUGGUGUAUAAGAAAAAGUUUGAAAGUGUUAAGGUCGCAGCUGCUUUGGCGUUUAAUGAUAUUAAUAAAGUUGUUAUUAAUUAUGGCGAAAGUGAAUACAAGUGCAAUUUGAACCAAAUUCAAAAAGAAUUGAAUUCGACAAUGUGCAGAAUUAUAUAA